CCUGCCCAGACAGCGGCCUGAAUGCCUGGGAUGAGCGCGGGACGACGGUGGUACGCGCGAGAGCUUGGCCGGGCCACGUAGCGGGGCUGAAGACACCGGUGCGCAGGUAUCUCCGUAGCCCGUACAGCAUAUUUACAAACAAUCUCACCCACGUUUGCCCAUAAAAAUAACUGGCAUUGCCUUUUAGAAAUGCACAUCCGCGAAUGUAGAGGGAGAGCGAGAGAAGUGCGCGUGCAACCCUGAAUCUGUGCAACUCUGAUUGCACGAACGCAAGAGGGAGGUCGCUCUCGACGAAGGUAAUGCACUGUAAAUGGCUCCUCAAGCAACACACAGAAGUCAUUACAGCAGCUCCAUGUCUGGCAUUCAGCUUGUCUUGUCCUGCUCUGCAGUUUGAAGACACUGGCACCCUGCAGGGCAGCAGCCUUCAGAGAAACUGAAUCUUGGAUCUGCCUACACCUCACAUACUAACUUGAGAGGAAUUCAGCUUCAAAUGUUCAGCAUCAAAGACACUGAGCCUUUGAUUUUACACUCUGAUUUUUAGGCACAUGGAACAAAACUUGGAACAGAUUGUAUGUCUUUCAGAAGGCAUUUCCUACCUUGGACAGUAUGGAUGCUCUUUUUGAGUCAGGUUGACUCUCUUGUCUCAUCCCCUCCUUCCUGUCUCUUCAGUUGAAGGAGGGUAGGGGAUUGGUGUGGGGUCCCCUGCCCCUCCUUGCAGAGUAGGCUAGUCUACCUUGACACCAUAGCAGUUACUCUUUUUUCCCUUGUGCACCUACCAACUGCAUCCCGCCAUUCACUCUCCCUCUUCAUGAAAUCCUGCAAGAGCCUCAAGGAAGAGGUUUCUGUCCCUAGCCUUGGCGGGAUGUCACAAGAAGAAGGACGCAGGGUGCCGGUGUCAGAAUCCUAUUUUCACCCUCCUAACCCAGAUCUGGACCUGAUGGGCAAGCUUUAUAAGAGGGAGGUUGGUGGCAAGCCAUAUUCUGUGUUAGUGGACAAUAAAAUGGCGGCCAAGACAUCCGUGGGAGACCAGAACAUUGGUCAGGUGCCGACUCAACAUGUGACGCCGCAGCAACAUCAGCAGUACUUCAUGGAGGGGGGAGCAGGGCAGGACGUGGGGACGCACGGGCCCCAGGCUGGCAACGACGGCACCUCUGAAGACACUGAAAAUGAUGAUGACGAUGAAGAAGAGGGUGAGGAUGAGGACGAGGAUGGGGAGGAUGAGGGCUUCAAGCGUGAGCAGAUCAUUGUGGAGGUUAACCUGAACAACCAGACACUUCAUGUAUCUAAGGGGGAAAACAAAAGUGGAACCACAGCAGAUGAAUCUGAGAGAGCUGGCAGUGACCAUGAUGAUGAUGAUGAGGAGGAGGAAGAGCAGGAUGAGGACAGUCCUGAUGAAGAAGAAGAAGAAGAGGAGGAGGAGGAGGAGGAGGGGGAGGAAAACAACGAGGAAGAUGAUACUGAGAGUCGACGAACAAGGUCAAAGCGGGCCCGUCGUGGUACGAGUGGCACAGAAGCUUCCAGCCAGCCUCGCAGGAAAAGCCUCAGAACAGUUCUGAGCGCCGCAGGAGUGACGACCAGGGGCCGACGGAAGCCCUUGGAGCCUUCGAAGAGCAAGCGUAGGUCAGCCAGAUCAGCCCCAUUGUCUGCUGGUUCCACGACCACAACGACAGAAGGAAAAGCAGAGGUAGAGGAGAAGGAGUUGCUGGCGUGUGAAAAGUGCCCGCGAGUGUUUAACACACGCUGGUACCUGGAGAAGCACAUGAAUGUCACACACAGGCGAAUGCAGAUUUGUGACAAGUGUGGCAAAAAGUUUGUCCUGGAGAGUGAGCUGGCCUUACACCAGCAGACUGACUGUGAGAAGAACAUCCAGUGUGUCUCCUGCAACAAGUCUUUUAAGAAGCUGUGGUCACUGCACGAGCAUAUUAAGAUUGUGCACGGCUAUGCGGAGAAGAAGUUUGCAUGUGAAAUCUGUGAGAAGAAGUUCUAUACUAUGGCUCAUGUCCGUAAGCACAUGGUUGCUCACACUAAGGACAUGCCAUUUACCUGUGAGACAUGCGGGAAGUCAUUUAAACGCAGCAUGUCUUUGAAAGUUCACUCACUCCAGCACUCUGGAGAGAAGCCCUUCCGUUGUGAGAACUGUGAUGAGCGGUUCCAAUACAAGUACCAGCUGCGGUCCCACAUGAGCAUUCACAUUGGACACAAGCAGUUCAUGUGCCAGUGGUGUGGCAAAGAUUUCAACAUGAAGCAGUAUUUUGAUGAGCACAUGAAAACACACACAGGAGAGAAGCCUUUUAUUUGUGAGAUCUGUGGGAAGAGCUUCACCAGCCGGCCCAACAUGAAGCGACACCGCCGCACCCACACUGGGGAGAAGCCCUAUCCCUGCGAGGUGUGCGGCCAGCGCUUCCGCUUCUCCAACAUGCUCAAAGCACACAAAGAGAAGUGUUUCCGGGUUACCAGCCCUGUGGUCCUGCAGACCAGCGGCCCACCUGUGCCUGUCCGCCUCUUUGCCAACCCCUUCACCUCCUCUUCCUCCACCUCUAUUCCCAGUCCCUCAGCUCCCACCCCGGCCACCUCGGCACCGCUGGGCCUCAGCCCGACUGGUGGGCCCAUGCCUCCACGAAGCCCCGUGGGACACACAUUCUCCCACGUACAGCUCCACUCAAGCCCCACUCACCAUCACCCCCACCCCCCAACAACCCCACAACACCUCUCAAACACACCCCAGCAUGCCUCCCCUCACCCCCACCACCACCUGGCCGUGCCCCCGGUCUCCCACCUGCCUCCACCCCCGGCCCUUUUCAAGAGUGAGCCCUUAAACCACUGUGGGCACGAAGACAGCAGCUACCUGCACCACAUGGCUCCCCCUGAUAAAGGCCCCGGGGCCCCACAGCACCACUGAACUGUGCUCCAGCUCUGCAGGCCCACACCAAACCGCGCCUUGUUCCUCCUCUUCUCAUAGUCCUGCCUCAGUCUCUCAGUUGCCCCUGAUGAAAGGGUGCUCCUCUCAAACAGAUAUAGAUAAGUCAAGCUACACAUGCACGCCUGUGUAUGUGAUUAUACACCCUCAGUGUGCACAUUAUUUAAGUAAGACGCCUACUUAAAUAACCACGGUUGACUGACAAAGAUUUCACAACCUCUUGAAUUUUUUUCUUCUUGAACAUUUUCUUAAGAAAUCUACACAACAUGAUUUCCUUGCGAGUUCUCUGUCUGUACAUUCAUGGGUGUAUAGUAUCUUCUUUUCAUCAAAAGCUGCUGACGGAGGUCGACAUAUGUAUUACCCGGGCUUCGUGGAUCAUCAAGGAGUCAUUGAACUUUUCCUCUUUACGUCAAGUUGACUUGUGGUUGCACAUUGAUCAGGACUCUUGCUCUGUGUGCAGUUCCUCCCCACAGCAAUACUCAACCUGUCCUCUCAGUUGUACUGCAGAGCCUCGCCCCACAGCAAUGUUUGAUGAAUGUUGGUUCUACCUGAGCCUUUCUCUGUCCUGAAGCCAAAGUUGAGGCUUUCUGUCAGAGGGGCGACAGCAGCAAGACGCAGUGCCAUAGGUUACAGUAAGAAGGGGGGAGGAAUUUUUGUAGGGGACAUUAGAAAAAAAAGGGUUUUGUAAAUGGUUAGUUGAAUCUAGACGUGGUCUAAGGUUCACAUCACGGUUAAAUGGUGCUUUCCAUUCCAGUACAUAAAAUAUUUCUUAAUUUUGCUUUUCCAUUUGAUUUUCAGAAGUGUAAUAUUACAAAAUGUAUUCUGUCAGCCUGGCUUUUCUACAAUGGAUUUGAGUUAUGACUAGAAACUCAAAUCAUGCAGGACAUACACCCUCACAAGCACACUCUGAAAAGACAACAGAUGGCCACUGGUGUACUUACUGCGAUCAGUGCAACCUCAGCUUUCAGUACUGUUGGUCAACCAAUGUUUUUAGAUAACAGAUGACUGUCAAAUACUGCCACUGUGAGGGGCCAGACACAUGGCCCCAUCAGGAUUUACCCCACUUCCCUUCGCUGCUGUCGAAAUGAUACGGGUUACCAUGUGAAAGGUCAUUUGACAUAAACACACACACGCAGUAUACACACACCGGGACCUUUUUUCAUCACAGUUCUUAGCAGGCAAUUUAUGCAUAUUCCUCUUAGCCUAUAUUCCACGGUUUGGUGUGGGGCGUAGUAUGUAAAGGUUUGUUUUUUUGACUUUCAUCGUACAGAUUGAUCCACACAGGCAAACGCGUGUCUAAACCUGUUGAAUGUUGCCUACGCAAAAUGAUGGCUGAUGAGUCAUUCGUGUUUUUAUUUUAUUUUUUUAUUCUUUAUGUUCUCGGAUAAUUUGCUCAGUUUUAAGCUAAUGAAUGGUUCUGCAGUGUAGAUAUACUGUUAUUAGCACAUGAUAGGAAAUGUCAGGAUAAAAAGCAGUGGUCAUACAACUUCUAAUACUCAGAAUUCUUGUAUAGAUAAGCAUACAUGUGAUCAAGUCAGCAUCUUUACAUUUAUUAAUGUAAUAGCCGAUGGUGUGAAUGUCAUUUGUUUAAAAUGGUUGGCAAGUAUUUGGCAUGAAUUUGAGCUGCGUGGUUGUUAGCCCUUCACCCAAUCUGACAGCUAUCAGAUGUGUGUGUAGGAGCGACGUUGAGCUUGUGUGUGUGUGUGUGUGAGAGUGAGAGAGUGUGAGAGAGAGAGCGAAUGUGCGCAUGCAUUAGUCUCUACCAGUCUGUCUGGUUAUCCCCAGUCAGUGCUCUUCUACCAAAAGCUGCUUUUACACAGUGUGACCCAAAAUGUGUAUAUUUGGGGAUACCUGAGAUGGGCAAUAGCAGUAAAAUUAACAUGAUCCUCUUUCUACCACUCUAACUGUAUUAAGUCUGAAGUGGUUAAGUAGCUCCAUAGAUUAGGAUGUACCCCUUUCUUUGAUUUGAGACCUGCAAUUAUCCUGCCAUUUCUGUGGGUCUUAAUACAGCCGUGUUAUUAGCUCAUCAUCCUGUCCCCUCUGGUUCACUGCUGUGCUUCAGCAUUUUUGCAGUAUGGAACUUUGUCUUGUUGUUUUUUUUUUGUUUUUUUUUUAAGCCUUUUCAUUUGUGUGUAUUCUCUGCACUUUACUGCUGCGUGGGUGAGGCGCAGGGAAGCGAGGGACUGACAAUGCAUUGUGGAACAGAGUGCAGUUGUGGCUGCAUGGAAAAGGGUGGAGGUGAUUAUUUCGAGUGGAUGUUUUUAGGCAAGGAAAGGAGGAGAAUCCCGGAUGGAGACGGUUAGUGUGGAAGGGACCAUAGCAAACAGGAGGACAUGUCUUUUAGUAGUGAAUUUAAUUUCCUAUUUUUUCAAAGAAAUACACUUUUGCUCCUGAUGUUCCUCCUGCUGUGGCGACUUUACACCAGCCCCUCCAAGCUAUGUCUGAAAUCCAUUCUUUUGUUCUGUUUCUAAAUGGAGUAUUUCCUGUCCGUCAUGUCCUUUUCUGUCUUUCAGUUUGCCUGAAUGAUUCUCCUCCUCCUUUCUUUGUUAUAUAGAAUGCACUUUCUACUAAAAUUCUUGGCUAGUUAAAAAAAAAUAACAUUGUAUAUUCUUUAAAGAUGUUUUAAAAAAUCAAUAUACUUUUUCCCCUUUGUAUUUUUAACCACUUAAUGUAGCAUUGCGUAUUUUAUUAUUGUAUCUGGUACAACAUGUGCAGCUUUAUAAUGUCCUGGUUUGUCCUUUUUUUUGUAUGUUAUUCGGAGAUUGAGGAGAAGUGAAAAAGUUGGGCCUUUUUUGAUAAUGUACAUUUAACUGACUGCUAACUUUGAGAAGUAAAAACAAGUAGCCAUGAUUAUCACA